UAGACCUCAAAGCAUGCCUCACACCAAUCCAUCGCCCUUUUCUUCGACAGCGCCGCCGAACUCGCCACCAGCCUUCUCCCACCACCGAAGCACGCGAGCCUUCCCGAAAGAGAUCUCCCCUCGCACCCGCCAUCGCUGCCGUAUUCCUCCUCCUCCCCCGCCUCAGUGCUAUCUGAUUGGUGGUGGAGUGGAGAUCGACCCUGUCUUGGAAUUCCCUUUGUUGGUAAGGAACCCUAAUUUGGUCGGAUGGAUUUUUCAUCUUCGACAGCGCGCGCGAGAUCGACCGAUCUCAGCUGACGCGUAGGGAUUGAGUACACAUGGUGUGGGUGCAGUUGAUUUCCUAGGAAGAUUAGGGGUUCAGCUGAAACCCCCAUGCUCGACGCUGAGUACGACCCUGGCGGGUGAUGACGAGGAUCUUCGUGCAGCGCGGGGCCGCCGGCUCCUCGUCCAGCUCCGGCCGCUCGGGCUCGCAGCAAGUGCAGCAGCAGCAGCAGCAGCAGCAGCAGCAGCCGGCAGCAGCUGCCCGGGAGGAUGACCUGCCGCUGCAGCCUCAGCCGCAGCCGCCGGAGCUAUUGGCCUCAGAUGACAUAACUGAGAAUUUACAUGAGGGCAGCGAGAACGUUAGUGGCAGCAAUAAGCCUUUGAGGCUGGAUGACCCCGUAUCUGAGAGCUCGAGCUCGGCAGAGCAGAGGGCUGUGAGGGAGAAGCCUCCCAAGGAUGACUCCAGUGUGAUCGAUCCUGCUUUCUUGGUGGAGGAACUGACAGGGCUCCAGUUUCCUGAUCAAUUUGAGCAUGGGAAUUCAGCGCCAUCAGGCACUGGCCCGUCGCAGAUGGCAGGCGCAGCAUCGCAUCCACCGCCGCCACCACCAGCCCCACCUCCAAAACCGUCAUCUGGGAAUAAUGGGUUGCGGAGAAUAGGGUCUGGAAGCUCAAAUAGUGUGCGAAUUGGAUCUUCAAGAAGGCCAAUAGUUUGGCCACCAGCGGUGGCUCGGACAUCUGCUUCAGGUUCUCGGCCUUCUUCUCCCAGGUCGCUUGUGGAUGGUGAAGGUUACAAUAGUGCAGAUGAACAGGGCCCUGGUUACGCCUUGAGUUAUAAUGAUUCGGAAAGGGAGCACAUGUUUGAGCACGAUCUAAGGCGAGUGAAAGGGUUGGAAAUCAGAAAGAUGGCGGAGGAUGGGAACUGUCUCUUCAGAGCAGUUGCUGAUCAAGUUUAUGGAGAUGCAGAAGCUUAUGACAUGGCUAGGCAGAUGUGUGUUGAUUAUAUGGAAAGGGAGCGGGAUCAUUUCUCUCAGUUCAUAACUGAAGGUUUUACCUCUUACUGUAAGAGGAAAAGGAGAGACAAGGUAUAUGGCAAUAAUGUUGAGAUCCAGGCAUUUGCAGAGAUGUACAAUCGUCCCAUUCACAUAUAUUCCUACGGUACAGAUCCCAUUAACAUUUUUCACAGAAGCUAUAACACAGACGUUCCUCCAAUUCGGUUAAGUUACCAUCAUGGUAACCAUUACAAUUCAGUGGUUGAUCCCUGUCGACAGACAGUUGGGGCAGGCCUUGGAUUUAGCUCCUUUAGAGGGACCAAUAAUGUUGACAGGGACCAGGUGAAGGCUGCAAUAAAAGCUCAGCAAGAUCAACAGAUUGAGAAUGCACUUUUGGCUGAAGGGCGAUUCUACUCUGAUCUGGAGUUGACAGAGAGGGAAAUAGAACGGAUGGUGAUGGAGGCCUCACGGGCAGAGUAUCUGGCCGAGGAGAAAAGGCUUAACAUUAGAGAUUCAUCAACAUCAGGGGCAGAGCCAUCUUCUUCUGCCGCAAUUAGUGGGUCGUCUCGUUCGGCUGCGGCAGCAGAUAGAGGGAGCGAGGAGUGCUUCGUACUUCCAGACACUGUGCUGACUCGCAGCAUGCAGUUGCUCCUGGCAAUGGGCUUCAGCUACAUCCAGGUUAUGGAAGCCUACAGCAUAUUCGGCGAGGACGUGGACUCGAUGAUCUGCUACCUGGUGGAGACAGGAGGCACCGGAGCCUCUGCCGGCGGUAGCAAUCGCCAGAAAGGAAAGGUUGCCGAGUGAUGUGCUCACCUCUCUAGCUUGUGAUGGAUCGGUAUCAUUGGGCGUAAGUCAUAGGAGAUAAUGACAGCCUUGUGAGUUGAGAAGUCAAUAUACUUGCUACAUUAUGAGUGAUAAAUAAAAGUUACUCGCGAGUAGCGACUUUUCUA